AUGGCAGUCGCUUCUCUUCUGCUCAUCAUCAUCGGCUCCCGACGAACCCCGAGAAGCUGCAGGAAUUUCCCUCUUGAACGGUCAUGCCCAUCUUCAGAACAAACCUGCGUCAGCAGGGAGAAAUUACAGAGCUUUUCGUCGCGAAACUCAAAUCACCACAUAUCUCCACCAUCUCCUUACCUCCUAUCCCGGCUCCUAGAGUACGAGCAGCAUCACAAGCGCUGCGAUCCCCUCUCGAAACCCUUCGAUCGGACCUCUCAGGAACUCGUCAGGGUAAAGAAUUCCCCUGACUCGCUCGUCAGGAAAAAUGAAGACUUAGCACAGGAUUGCAGAUACAUCGUGUUCACUCCGGGUAAUGAUGAAUUGGCGACCACAAUGCUCAGCUUGUCCUCUUCAUUUCUCUACGCCCUCCUCACCGAUCGGGUCCUUCUCGUCGAUUUCGACCCCUCCAUGAUAGGUCUGUUCUGCGAGCCGUUUCGCAAAUCGACCUGGCUCCUCCCUGGAGAGUUCACUUUUAGGGACAGAGCCAGGAGUGCAGAGUUCAGGCAAGUUUUCAGCCUAGGCCACUUAAUGAGGAAACAGAACCAGAAACAGGAUCAGAAGCUGCAAGCAGAUACCGCAUCACUCCUCUUUCUUUACCUGUCGAUGGACUACGACGAUCACGACAAGCUUUUCUACAGAGACGAGACUCAGGAACUCCUGAAGAAUGUCCCCUGGCUCGUCCUGAGAUCGGAGCAAUACUUUCUCCCUUACUUCUUCUUAUUGCCCUGUUUCAGGACGGAACUGGACAAAUUGUUCCCCGAUGACAAGGAGACUGUUUUCCACCACUUAGGGAGAUACCUCUUCAACCCAUCGAAUCAAGCCUGGGGCGCCAUCGCCAGAUUCUACGACGAUUACUUGGUGAAAGCAGAGCAGAGGGUCGGGCUCGAGAUCAAAGUUGGAAACCCUUAUGAAACCCCACCUUACCUUAUGCUACCGCACAUUCUGAAAUGCAUUCAGGAGGAAUCCAAAAUACUGCCACGAUUACAGCAAAAUAACACCACUACCAGAAUAACGAUACUUCCUUCAUUCCGAAGAAAGACAUCAAAAGUAAUUUUGGUGGAGUCGUUGUUGCCGGAGUUUUACUCAGAACUGAAGAACAUGUACUCGACGAGGCCGAUUGCUGAUGGGGAGGGAUCGGUAUCGGUCAGGGUUUAUCGGACUAGUAGUCAUGAAGGGAUGCAAAAAUCUGACAGAAAUUACCACAAUAUGAAGGCGUUGGUGGAUGUAUAUCUUCUGAGCAUGUGUGAUGUUUUGGUUAUCAGCCCAUUUUCGACUUUUGGGUAUGUGGCUUCUGGUCUUGCAGGGUUGAAUCCAUGGUUUUUGAAGAAUCCAGGGGAUUAUGAGACGAAGCCUUUGGAACCAGCUUGCCGCCGAGCGGUUUCUCCGGAGCCAUGUUUUCUAUUUCAUCCUGGGGAAUAUGUCCCCAAUGCGGUUCAUCAUUGCCGAGGAAGAUUAGGGCCUGUUCCGGUAAUUCUGUACUGUGAAGAUUUUGUAUUUGGAUUCAAGCUUGGAAAUCUGAAGUGUUAA